AUGUCGAACAACUAUUCAAACGAGCGUGUUGCUGGCAAAGAGCACAUACCACUCUACCCCCGAGGCUUCAUAGCCGUCCGCAUCAUCCAGCUAGUUGUUGCGGUCGUUUGCUUGGGUCUCUGUGCCUAUGGUGUGACGUAUCUUGUCUACGCCGGCGAUGCCCUGAUGCUCUUCACUGCCAUCGCGACGAUAAUAGCCAGCGUCUACUGCUUAGUUUCCCAUUACGGCCCUUCCAGAUUCUUCAACUACUGGGCCAUACUUGGCUUGGACGUCUUCCUCGUCAUUUUCUGGCUCAUCUCCUUCGCAAUCCUUGCUGCUCAGGUCGCCGCGGGCUUCUUCUAUUCCACCUCAGACUACUACGACGACUACUACGGCUACUAUAAACGGAGCGCUGACACUGAUACCACUACCUAUGCUGCCUGUAUGGCAGCAGCAGCAGGUCUGGGCGGCGUGGAGUUCAUCCUCUAUGUCGUCUCACUCGUGAUCCAUAGCAUAAUGCUAUACCGUCACCGCAAGGCUGGCCUCAAAUGUGUGCCGGGCAAAGCGGCUUCUGCUACUGCUGGUGGCGAGAAGAUCCAGAUGCAACCACAACAACCGCAGGGCUAUGCUGCUGCCGGCUCGCCCCCUGUCCAGCAGACGUAUUCUGCUCCUCAACAGCAGAGCAUUUACGCGCAGCCACAAGCACCAUCUCCUCUCUCGGCGCAGACCACGGGUGACCCCUAUGCGCAGCACCAGCCCGUGGCUUCCCACGAGCCCGUAUACGAGAUCCCUGGCCAGGGUCAGCCGCAUCACACCUGA